CUCCUUUUAUUCGUUGCCCGGCUUGUUCAAUCUGUCGCCUUCCAAAGCGGAGGGGUCUGCCUCUCUCCUGUGUCCCCGGCCCCCCGCGUAGGAAGCCAGUUUCUAGCCACACCCAGGAAGCUCCCGAGGUUGCUAACUCACACGUCCGCACCGCACAGCACACAUCGUGGGAGCUAAGAGCCAGCAGAACCGGUGCUUUGCCCGGAAGCACAUGGCCGAGCGGAGUCAGGCAGCGGGCCGCUACCUUGCCACUAAGCCACGCCCCUGUCGGCACGAGCGCUGCAGCACAGACCGUGUAAACCGACCCCCAAAGAGCCAGUCUGUCCCCACUGGUUCUCCUCCGUGAGGGAAGCAUGCCAGCUGCGUAUCCUGCCUCUCGCCCCGCACUGUCCCUGCUCUGCGGGGUGCCGCUGGGCCCCUGGCACUCCCCGGCCUGCAGGAGGUGCCGGGGGCCGUGCGGCUGGGCUGGAGUCAGGUGACCAGCGGGGCCCCUGCCCUCCCGGGACUUCCUGGACUGUGGGACGAGCCAUUAGGGAUGUGCGUUCCCUUGAAAAGGGCAGAGACUGGAGUUCUGCAGGCAAAGGGGUCCUACUUGGAACAGGGCGGACCAACAUCCGCUUUCAUUUGCGGGCGCCCCUGCUCCGUUCCUCACAAGGUCGCUUCCAGGCCGUCCGGGGCCCCGCCCGCCGCCGCCCGGGCUGCAGGCUCGCGGCGCACCCGGCCGCACUGAGCCCCGGCCUUCGGCUCCGUCCUCACAGGAACCACCCACUCGCGCAACCACCCCGCUCCGGCCCUGGCCUGGACCCGGAAAUGUCACUUCCCCUGGGCCGCGGGCUGCGUGACGUCGCCUGUCGCUUCCGGAGGAUUGCGCGAUGACGCAACAUCGGCGUGCGCGGCGUGAGAGGCGGUAGCCAUGGCGGGUGCGUGCGGUGCGGCGGUUCUGCCGGAUGCCCCCGGCUGUCGUCUUCAUCCGAGUCCAUCGGGGGCCGCAGGCGGGGCCGGCCGAGUGCGGAGACGGCCGUGCUCCGGCGCCCGAGUGCUGCACCCCCGCCCCGGUUCAGGGACCGUGGUCACCGCCCCUACUUAGGCUGUGCCCACCUGCGGAAGACCGUGGGAGCCAGGCUGUGUGUGGCAGUGACGUGACGGCACGGAUGCCCCCGAGUCCGGAGGGCACCCGUGAACCUGGCGGGACCACCUUGUCAGCCUCGGCCUGGGGACUGCUGCCUCCCUGCCAGCGCAGGGCACUUGCGGUCCUCCCUCCCCAGUGUCUCAGCACGGAAGUCCCUGGACUAGCAGAGUCUUCUUCCCUGGAGGGCCUGAGGCUGGCUCCUCCUCCUGGAGGUCAGAUGAAGUGGAUGCUGGCAGCUGGAUGCCCAGGGAGGUGCCGCCCUCACUGCUCCUCUCUGCAGGGAGUCGGGUUCCUGGUUCUUGGCUGGUCUUGGGUGGCUCCAGGCCUGGCUUCUGACUGGCAUUCUCUGACCCCAGGUUUUGGCACUGUGUCUCCGUCUGCAUCCCGCUGGCAUCUGAGUGGGAAAUGGGCGUUUAAUAAACAGGUUCCAAAUGAGUGUCGAGUCCAGCCCGUUUCUCUGCUUUCCAAAGUGCGGCGCAAAGAGGAAGACGCCUCCUUGAAGGCGCGGGGCCGGGUUGAGGUGCCUCCCUGCCCUCACGUGGGAGGGGACUGUUCUCGGACACUGGCCUGAGGUCCCGGGGUGGGUCCUGCCUCUGUGGGGCGGGAAGGCACCUGCAGCGUCGGCUCCAUUUGACAAGUGCUGGCUGCAGCCACUGCUGUGCACACAGGUUGGCCCAAGCCCACGUGGUUAGGAGUGAGGGCCGGGCUGACGGAGCUGGUUUCACAUUCACUUGGCUAGUGAGGGUGAAUGGGAGGGCACCUGCAGGUCCUGCACCGAGUCAGGUCGGUCAGCCACACCGAGGCCCAGAGGAGGGGCCUCCUGACCAACGGGGGGAGAGAGGUGGCCUCAGACCAGCUGGAGCCAGGCCUGCAGGUGCCAAGGGCCAGGCUGUGCUGC